AUGACCGGCAUCCUCACCAGCCGCAUUGCCCGCGGGCUGCUGCCGCCGCUGGGGAACGUCCUGCUGUCGUCCUGCGCCGUCUGCUACUAUGAGACGCUGCUGGCGGACGGCGUCUUGGCUCGCAUCAUCCCCGACGCUGCCUGGCCGGACCUGGCUGUGUCGCCCUCCGGGCCCUUCUCCAUCUCCACCUUUGCGCUGUCGCUGCUGCUCGUGUUCCGCACCAACAGCAGCUACAACAGGUGGAGCGAGGCCAACGCGGCGUGGAGCUCUAUUGUGACUGACUGCUGCCAGCUGGGCCGCCUGGCGGUGCAGCGGCUGCCCGAGGAGGACGCAUGUGUGCAGCGCGCCCUGCGGCGGUGGCUGUGCGCCUUCCCCGUCGCCGUCAUGUGCUACGUGCGGGAGGAGGAGGGCGCGCUGCAGGGGCUGCUGCAGGGGGUGCUGCUACCCCACGAGCAGCAGCUGCUGCUGCGGUCCUCCAUGCGGCCGCAGACGGUGCUGCAGGUCAUCGGCAGCCUCGUGGGCAGGAGCAGCCUGCCAGGCGACGCCAAGGGGCGCUUCGACGAGCACCUGAAGAGCUUGCAGGGCGCCUUCCAGUCGUGCGAGAAGCUGCUCAGGACGCCCCUGCCGCUCAGCUACUCGCGCCACACGUCGCGGUUCCUCGUCACAUGGCUCACAGCCCUGCCCUUCUGCUCGUGGCAGGUCGUCGGAUGGGCCACGGUGCCGGUGGACCUGAUACUGGUGGGUGCAGCUGCUGUUUGGCGGCCAAUGUUUGGCUCUUGGCUCACCCCCUGA